AUGAAAACAGAGGUAGACAAGCUGCGUAGCAUUGGUUUCAUCAAUGAGGUGGACUACCCCACCUGGCUGGCCAAUGUGGUGAUAGUCCGCAAACCGAAGAAGGGCUGGCGCAUGUAUGUAGACUACACCGACCUUAAUCGGGCUUGUCCGAAAGAUGGCUUCCAUCUACCUCAAAUUGACAAGCUUGUUGAUUUGACUGUCGAAGUGUAG